UCCCUCAACUUAACCACCAUCUCAUGCAACUCCUCCCCCAUCUCUACACACGACUUGGGCGACACUCCCAACCACCACAGAGGCGGCACUGGCAGCAGCUUCCGGCGAGCCCAAUCCGAUGGCAACUUGGAAGGCUUGGCCUACAAUAUGUCUCCCUUGAACAGCAAUGAAGAUCAGCUCCACACCACGAGCCAUGUUAAGAAGUCCUCAGCUCGGCCUCGAAGCGUGAUGUUGGAGACAAUACCGUCUUUCUCAUAUUAUAUGUACGGGCACGGCCACGAGGAUGAGGACGAAGAGAACAGCAAUUUCGACAUCGAGGAGGGAGAGGAGUAUGAAGAAUUUGAAGAGGCAUCGGUGGUGGAGAGCAGUGUGAAGUUUAGGGGGAGUAAAAGCAUGAGUUUGAUUGCGGAGGAGGAAGUGAGCAGUGUUGGUGGUGUGAAUAUGAUUGAGAGGUUCGACUUCGAAGAGAACAAGGAGAGGGUCAGGCAAGAAAUGUAUCUCGCAAUAGGGAUCGGUGGCGGAGGCGACAGGGGCUGUGACGGCACCAGCAGAGGCGGCUGGGAUUCUAAUUCGUCUGAUGACGGAGGCGAUGGUGGAGAUAAUCAGGGGGUUGAAGAGUAUUACAAGAAAAUGGUGGAGGAGAGUCCUAACAACUCUUUGUUCCUCAGAAACUAUGCUCAAUUUCUCUAUCAGAAACGGGGAGACCUGGAGAGCAGAGGAAUUCUAUGCUCGUGCCAUUUUGGCGGAUCCUAGAGACGGCGAGAUCCUGUCGCAAUACGCAAAGCUGGUAUGGGAGCUCCAUCGUGACCAACCGAGAGCGUCGACCUACUUCGAGCGAGCCGUUCAAGC